AUGUCGUACCGGUCGCCCUCUCGGGGCCGGGACAUCUCGCGCUCGCCCACGCCGCGAUCGCGCUAUUCGCCAUCACCCUCACCAGCUCGCCGCCGACGAUCCCCCACUCGAUCACUCUCACCUACACCUCCCCGUCGCAACGGCCGGUACCGCAGUGAGAGUCGAAGCUUGAGCCGCGACGGCGGCGAGGACGAGCUACGAGGUAGUACCAAGGUAGGCAACCAGGCAAUCUACUGUGCACCGGCAGAGUAUGAACUAAUUCGUGCUCCACCUCUCCAGAUCGUCGUCGAGAAGUUGACCAAGACCAUCAAUGAAGAGCACUUGCGCGAGGUGUUUGGCCAAUACGGGCCCAUUCGGGAUCUGGACUUACCCUUCAACCGACAAUUCAACACCAACAGAGGAACGGCGUACAUUCUCUACGUCCACGAAGCCGAUGCGGAAGCCGCCAUUGCCCACAUGCACGAAGCCCAUCUCGACGGCGCCGUCAUCAAUGUCUCCAUAGUCCUGCCGCGACGCAAGUUUUCCCCUUCACCCCCGACUGCCUCCCGAGGCGCCAACAUUGAUCCUCGACAACCCGCCCCCGGUCACAGAGGUGGUCGCGGUGGUGCUGGGGCAGGUGGUGGCAGAGGAUCCGGCUUUGGUGGAGUGAGAGCUCGUUCGCCUCCGCGACAUGCACGAGCUCUGCGUGACAACAACUUCGACACGUACCGGCCCCGUUCCUACUCCCGAUCGCCUCCUCCGCCGCGUCGCAAUCGCAGCGCAGACUCAUACGCCUCUCGAUCGAGAUCUCCCCCGCGACGACGUGGCGGACGGAAGGAUAGCUAUGAUGACUACGACAACAGACGCAGUCGUUCGCGCAGCGUUGGUAGAGGAUACCGCUGA